UGUGAAUUGGACAUCGAUAGUUGGAUAUCGAAGUAAUUAAAUACAUCCAGAAUGAUACCUUUACUAAUAUUAAUAGUAGUGUCAUCAGUAUAUGCGAAUAAUUGUUCAUAUAUUUACGAUGAGAUACACUAUACAAGGAAUUCGAUAUUAACUAUAAAAGGUCUACCAACAAACUUGGCUUACAACCCUAAAAACAAUGACGUUCUCUUCACAUUAAUUGAUUUAGAGUCAUUACACGACGAUAAUGUACAAACGAGAAUGGAUCAAUAUGUACUAAGAAACGGAGAACCUAUUUUAAUUGAUAACGUUAGAGGACAAGCAGCCGCAGUUGAUGUUAAAAAUGACAAAGUGUAUAUAGCUAGUGAUGAUGGAAUAGGAAUUCUAAAUGCAUCUGAUAAGGUUCAGUUUGCUAAUUUAAAAGAUGAAGACGUAGUACAAUUGUUUAAACCAGUGCAUAGUGAUGAUUUGUACGCGGUUACUUACCCUAAUAAUGAAAUAUAUGUUGUUGACACUAUAAAGAACGAGAAAAGAAGAGUGGAAUAUGUCCCUUGUGCGUUUAUUCUUGCUGUUGACGCUGAAGAUAAUGUAUUCUAUGAAUGUGAUUCGAAAUAUGUUAAAGUAUUGCUUAAUGAUUUUCAAGAACCAAUUGAGUUUGUUGGUAUAGCUAAAAAUUCUGCGAGAGCGUUGACAGUGGAUGAAAGUAAUCGAGUUAUUUUAGCAGCUAACGAUGGUUUAUAUUGGUUGAAACCGGAUAAUAUUGUGCCUAAAAAGGUAAUGAAUUUAGAUUUCGUGCCAUCUGGAAUCGUUUUUAAUGAAGAUGUUAUAUAUAUAGCUACUAAUGGUAUGAUUUAUAAAUACAGUAAUAAUUGUGUUUAAAAUGUUACGUGUAAUUAAUACUGUUAGAAGUAAAUGUGAUUGA